AAAAUGCAGGCUUGGUCAGUGAUGAACUGAAUAAUCGAUUUUGGGUGUCAGUACUGGUACUUGAAUACCCGUGUGGUUUAUGAAUGAGAAUGAAACUUGGCUGUCCACGUCCCCAUUCAUUCAACUUCAUUGUCGAUGACCUCAAUGUGUGAACCGGACGAAACCGCAAGCGUAACAAAGCGGGUGAGUGAAGACAGCAACAGGUUUUGUCCGCUUCUUCUCCUGUGUAAAAACAAGCCAAGACAGUGUUAAGGCUCCGUGUACACAUCUGCAGCUGCCUGGUGCAUGUUUGUACUUUGUGCAACACCAUAUAUAUAACGAGUUUCUUAUCAACGCAUUGCGGUUAGUAAGGCAAGCAUGUGCCGCAUUAUCUGUGUUUACAGAUGACGUCAUGCUUAUGCUGACCGCAUUUCUCGGCUGUCAAAUAUCACUGCGACAUCGUUUUAUUUUUAAUAUGCUGACUUGAAAACCCAAACGGUAGCCUUUAGAACUGAACAUACGUAUUGAUUAUCUGCCAUUUAUCUGUCUAUUAGUGGGGUCAACGGCUGCGAAAACGGACGUGUAAGCUGGCACUAUGUUUGGUGGUCUGUGGCGGUGAAGGGGAUGACCUUCCCGCGGUUCUGUGAGAAUGAAGGUGGACCAGGCAGCAUGGAUCUGCGCCCACAGGCUCUACCAUUUUUUUCUCCGAUCGUCUUUCUGUGUCUUAUCUGCUUAAAAACAGCUGGAACCGCAGGUAGGCCAGAUGUGAUACUGACCGCAAAUGCCCCUGACGGACUGGCAGUGUUUUUAUUUGGACAAAAACCGGUGUCGACCCACGAACGCCCCAGUUCCACGAUUUUGAAUGGUAUCCACCUAAAACGUGUGAAAAGGUCCCAUUUUGUCGGUCGGAGAUCUUACGAAAGCGCAGAUCCAAAUGAUUUCGAAGAUGAUUCUCCAUUUAUACCAGAUGAAUACAUCUUAGCAGUUAAACUGGGGGUGCCUGUACGGGAGCUGAAUCAAAGUUCAUUGGGCCGUUUGAAAGCUGCCUUUGCCAACUCUGAAAAAUUGCAGAUUCCUGUAGAAAAUGUUGGCAUUGACAAAAUACGGUUUCAGGGAAACAGAGUAGAGAUGUUCUUCAUCAAAUCUGGUCAUAAUGUGGAUAUAUUUGGCAUCAAUGAUUUGAUUUUGAUCAGUGACAUUUUCACGCCGGAGUUGAUAGAAGAGGUGAAACAGAAUGUACCAGAGUUAAACAUCACAAGCAUUGCUGGGGCGAAUUAUGUGGUGGUUGCAAAACAAGUUGAGUCUGUAUGGAAAAAGCCUUUCUUCCCAUAUGUGGUGGCAGCCUGUAGUGUUGUCCUUAUACUGUCAGCUGGAGUGUUGAUUUUUUGCUGCUGUAAGCAGAAGACGGUGAAACACUAUGGUGCUAGCAAUCUUCUGUCUCAACAAAUUUGCGUGUAUCCGAGUCACAAACCUGGGGUGAAGGAUGGAGCAAUGAUACAGCCAGAGACUGGACCUCUGUAUGUGGCCAAAGGCUGUAUCACACCUCUGCCUGCUCAGCCUGUUCGCAUCAAGGCAAAGGGGCUUCUAGAAAGACGGGGCUCUAAUGCUUCCCUCACUAUUGAUUUGACACCAUCUCCAGAACUUGUGCGAUGGAAUGGAACCCCACCUAAAGAAAGCUCUGGGUUGGAGUUCUUGUUGUCUGCUGGACAUAGACUUAGCCGUAAAGAUUUAAGAAACUGCCUUAAAAACUCACAAGCUCUCUUUGAAGAAUUCUGGGAAAUUCCUAUGAACUUACCAGAAAAAGUACAGGUAGCUGGGUCUGGAAUGAAGAACAGAUAUAAAAGCAUUAUACCAAAUGAACACAGUAGGGUGAUUCUACCAGACUGUGAGCAAGACCCACUGUCAUCUUACAUCAAUGCUAACUCAUUACGGGGUUAUGAAGGGGAGUCAGGGGCUUAUAUCGCCACCCAAGGUCCCAUGUCACACACCAUUGUCGAUUUCUGGAGAAUGGUCUGGAACGAGAAUGCUACAAUUAUAGUGAUGAUCACAAAAUUAAAGGAGAAAAAUAAGAUCAAAUGUGAGAAUUAUCUACCUGAGUCUGUGGGACAAUUUGGUGAGAUAGAAGUUACAGUUGAUAAAAUUACGGAGAAACAAGGUUUUAUUGUGCGUCAUCUAAUAUUGCGUUGUGGGAAUGAGAUGCGUCCAGUUUUACACUACUGGUACACUGACUGGCCAGAUCACAAACCCCCAGACUCCCCCAAAACCCUACUGGAAAUGGUCAGGGAAGUGGAACUAAGGAGAUGCACAUUUGAGAGUCAAGGAGUAAAGAAACCUAUUAUAGUUCAUUGCAGUGCUGGUAUUGGGAGAACCGGCUGUUUUGUUGCCAUCAGUAUUGGAAUGAGACAGAUCAGGGAGGAACAUUCUGUGGAUGUGCUGGGAAUUGUCUGCUCAAUGAGACUCGACAGAGGAGGGAUGAUACAAACUGGGGAGCAAUACGAGUUUAUUCAUCAUGCCUUGUGUCUCUACGAGAGAGAGCUCACUGAUACCGAAACCCCUGCUGACUGACUGACCUUCACACUGCACCAAACUGGGGACCAUAUCAGCUGUGCACUGAACCUGCUACACUCAGGAGUUAUCUCCCUGUCAGUAACCUUCCUCUAGCAGUUACCUCCCAUAGACAUACAGAAUGGUGUUGGGUGAUAUUAUCCUACUGAGAUUUGAAGGAGGUAAACUGUAGUAACAUGUGCGUUUUGUCGUUGAAUUUGUUCAGGAUAGGAAAGGAGGUUGUAGAGAAUGUUCUGUAAAAGAGCAUGUGAACUGUCCAGACAAAGGAAGUGUUUUGGAUUUCUGACAAACGGCCCUGGAUUACAAUUACACAGUACCUGGGCUAGCACUGGACCUGGCUUUAGCCUUUUUCGACAUUUAUUCAUCAAGCUUUAAAUAAAUGAAAAGAAGUUUAAAAAAUAUUGAAUGUUUCAUCAAAUUUAUGUUUAAUUGUGAUGUAGAUAAAGCCAUUUUAAACACUGCCUUGAGGCAAACAUUUAUGUUAUUGUAAAAUUUUUAAGGACUUUAUCCCCCACUUUUUAGGCGUGUGUCUUUGAUGUGUUGGCUCCACAGGUCAUAGAAUGCUGGGUAUUGUCAAGGGCAGCUUGCUGAUAUUUUGGGGAGAAUUUUCAUAUUUUUGUCUUUUGUUAACUAGACGCACAAAAGUAGACUAUAGUACCUCAUGCAUUCAACUCCAGAUAACAUUUUAAUAACUGUUGAUGACAAUAAAUGUUUUGGAUACUGAAAUUCACAAGCGAUAUUUUAAACAUGUGCACUAGAAUAGCUUUACUUGGGAAAGCCUUUUAACAGUAAUUGUACUGUUUAAUGUGUAAAUACAAAGUACUUAAGAUUUUGAUACAUGCAUGUACUGUAUGCCAUGAUGUUUGGUUUCCCAGGGUUGAUAAAUUUCCAGAGGUAACUUUUGGUAGUUAUCAUAAUGUGCAGCAGUUUUGGACUGAAAUGAACUUGAAAAAGCAGUGUCUCUGAAGAGAAUCAGUGUUGAUAACAUUGAGUGAGAAUAACUGUAGUGUGUGUAUCCUUUUAGUACUGUUUCUCACAAACAUAUUGUACACUGUAGCUCUAUGCAAAUUUACCCCCACAGUCUUACUGUUAUUUAUGUAGGUGCUACCUGUGAUGAUUUAGCAACACAGUUUAUAGAUUAUUUCCCCUUGGCUUGUCAGCGAGCAUUGCUGCCACAUUAAUAUGAACCAAUUUAUUUUUGUGUAUGCUAGUUAUGUUCAUGUGUAAGUUGGUAAAGUUGUAUUAUCUUGCACAGCUAAUUCGAAAUGUGCUACAUGAAUCACAUCUUUGAGCCUGUUGUAUCAGGAUAUUGGCAUUUUUUCUUCAUUUGUUAUCUGAAAUUGUGAGAACAAGUAUUCCCAAUUUUCAUAUUUGAUAUUCAUCUGUCAUAUAGUGUUUGACAUUUUUCCACUCUGGCUUUCAGUUGUUUAAUGUCGAAACUGUCUGAUAUAGUGUACUGUAUUUGGCUUUUUAUGAACUCCAUUUUUGAUGGAUUUGUAAUAUUUCAGAAACAUUUUAUCUCACAGCUAUCAAGAACAUUAAAAAGUAUUUUCACAUUUCCAUGAUGUAACCGGUGACAUUUUGUUUCCUAUUUGGUGUUGUAUUCAUGGCAACUGUUGUCAUAGAAACAGGGAAUGAAACAGUGAUAAGGGAUUAUUAAUAUUAUCAGCCUAUACAAUAUUUGACAUACAUGUACAUUAUUUUGUACAGUGGUGGAUUUCUUGUGUUUGAAUAUCUGCACAAAUUUUCAGUUCGUACAUUCAACCUGUGCUGUUCCUACAUAUCCUGUGAUUGGCUUAUUGACACAUCUAAUUAUAUAAAUAUAGAUAUCAAAAUUUACCCCAAAAAUAAGUUAUAUGCUAACUGUUUAGAUAUGAUUCACUUUUUAAUAUGCCUUUCCUCUCAGAAUGAUAGUUAUUUUGUUUGUUAAAUAUGUCCUGUAGUGGAACAUUUCGGGUUUGUUGAAAUGCUUAUUUGUUCAGGUUGGCAAUAUGGGGUGUUAAAAUUGGAUGGCGUGUAAUGCUAUAAUGUAUGCAAGAUAUAUGUGUGUUCAAAAGACAGAUGGCGUAUGAAGUUUAUGUAUACAAACUUUUAGUUGUAUUAAAUAAGGCCACAAAUAUUGCACACUUGUUUGGAUCUGUUCGGAUAUAGUUAUAGGAUUUAUACAAGAUACAGUUAUUGUUACAAGUCAUAUUUUUAGCUCAAUCUUGUUACCAUGGUUACUAUCACACUGAGAUAUGCUGUUAUGAUCUACAUUUACCAGGUUGCUAGGGAAAAACAAGAAAUAUAGAAGCAUUGUAUUUUCAUUUACUAUUUCCCAAAGCCAACUAAAAAAAAAAAUUUAAUAUUUGUGUUUUCUCCUUUCUAUUAUAAGGUAGACAGAAAGUGUAUCCCAUUUCUUAGAUGGCAGUUUUUGAAUAUUGUUAUUUUUGCCGUAUUUAACACUAAAACCCACCCAAGAACAUAAAUUCAGAAGAUCAAUGUAAUCGUGUGUAAUUAGUUCUCUAUAUUUUAUAUACCACCUUACACUGUAUUUUACAAGUGGCAAGUUGUUCUUCUGCACCUUAAAGGAAUUUAAACAUCACAAAUGGUAGUUAAAGGUUUCGAUGACUGCUGUAUGAAAAACUAUUUGAAAUCUUGUUGACGUUUGAAUAAUUGUUGUGCAGAGUUGAAACGGCAAAGUUUCAGCUAACUUCAGCAGUAAGUCUGGUUUCUCAAGAAUUCCAUUGCCUUUUACAAUUUUCGAUGUUGACACAAGUUAUUAUACAAACAUCAGUUUAUCCAAGGCGACAUGCUUGUGCUUUAACCAUUUUGUAUGAACUGUUGAGGCUUUUAAUGGUAAAUAAUAUAUCUUUACUAAGGACAGUGUGCAUGGAUUACUUUUCAGUUCGAGUAACCUAUUUCUGCAAUCUGAUUUUUUAAAGCUUAUUUAAGGCCAUUUCUCUGCCUAUACUAAAAAAAAUUCAUAUUUUUGGUAAAGUCUUGAUGUCGGCAAACCGAUCAGAGUGAAAACUUAGCCCAUUUGGCAUUAUCAGGAAAUUAAGAUGGGCUAAU